CGAAUAGCGUAUUUGAUUUUUUACGCAUCUUAAAAGUAGGGACAAAGUGAAAUUACUGUGCAGGAAAAAUGAGCGGGAUUGACUGGAAUUCAAUUGCUGUGGGCGUUGGAAUGACUGCAGUUGCCCACCCUUUCACUUAUGUUAAAGUUCUUGUCCAGCUUGGCCAUGAACCCCUUGCACCAAUUCUAAGGAGAAAUAUGUUUUUCAGGAAACAACUUCAAUAUCCAAGUGUAUUUGCCUAUAUUAAACACAUCAGCAACCAGGACGGUUACAUUGGAAUGUACAGAGGUCUGUUCCCUCGAAUCUGUGCCAAUGUUUCAACUUCACUUACAUACAGUCUUGUGGGGAAGGCAGUUUUUGUAAAAGCUGAAUUCGGUUCUUCCUUGAAAAGUGAAGCUACCCGAGUUUCGGAGGAAUGCACCGAGAUAAAGAAAGUCUGUGACCAUACUACUCGUGAAAUGGUUGCCAGAUGUAGCGCUGUCAUUGUGUCUCAACCUUUCCAUGUGAUUGCCAUUCGAACAAUGGCUGAGUUUGUGGGCCAGGAGACGAUCUACACCAACAUAUUCACAUCAACUGCAGAAAUAUAUCGAGAAGAAGGAAUACUAGGAUUUUUCUCGGGUCUCGUACCACGUUUGGCUGGAGAAAUCAUCUCAAUCUGGUUGUGCAAUCUUCUUGUCCAUACUUUUAACACAUAUAUUCUUACUGAGAAUAAUGAAUUGAAAGACAUGCGUCAAUACUCACACAUGGUGAUGGGGUAUAUCGCGCAAAUCGUUACCUACCCUCUGUCCGUCACUAGCACUGUCAUGGCAACCACUGGAUCCCGAAUAACAGCGGGCAAUCCACCAUUUAUGCCAGUGUACAAGGGGUGGGUGGUUUGUCUACGGGAUCUUCAUAAAACUGGAGCUUCCAACCGCGGUUCUAGUAUGUUUUUCCGGAAAGCUGUCGCACAUUUCAAUGCUGCUUCUGGUGUUUCCCCAAUGCCUGCUCCCUCUAUGUGAUGUCACAAACUUAUGUGUGAUGUCACAAACAAACUGUGUCCUAGUGUAAGCCUUAUCUGAAUAUUUAAUGAAUGUUUCCGGCUUUUUAAUCUUAUUCAACAGCCGGUAAUGUACCAUAAUGCAACAUAGUGGAUUCAUAUAAUUAAGAAACCUAUCUAUUGGUACAUGCAUAAGAAACGAACUUUCUAAUUUAUGGAAUUGGUGUAAGCAUAUGUUGUGUAUUGGACCAAGCAAAAUGACCACAUUGAAAAAUGUGAAUAUAUCUUAACUUAUAA